AUGGGCUGUUGGCCAGAGACAUCAGUAUCUUGCCUUGUGUUCCUUUCUCUAGGGCUGCUCAGAACAUGGAAACUUGCUUGCCCCAAAGCAAGAGAAGAAAAGCUGGAUCACUUACCAGUAACUGGAGUUCUCCUAUUGGGUAAUCUCCACAGAUCCACAUUCUUUGAAGUUAUUGUGAAUGCCUCGAGGACCAAGGAACUGUUGAAAUUUCCAAUUUCAGGAAGGAAGCCUCGACCUGUCUCCCAGUUGGUUGCACAGCAGGUUACUCAGCAGUUUGUGCCCCCUACACAGUCAAAGAAAGAGAAAAAAGAUAAAGUAGAAAAAGAAAAAAGUGAAAAGGAAACAACUAGCAAAAAGAACAGUCAUAAGAAAACCAGGCCAAGAUUGAAAAAUGUGGAUCGGAGUAGUGCUCAGCAUUUGGAAGUUACCGUUGGAGAUCUGACAGUCAUUAUUACAGACUUUAAGGAGAAAACAAAGUCACCGCCUGCAUCUAGUGCUGCUUCUGCAGAUCAACACAGUCAGAGCGGCUCUAGCUCUGAUAACACAGAGAGGGGAAUGUCUCGGUCAUCUUCACCCAGAGGAGAAGCCUCAUCACUGAAUGGAGAAUCUCAUUAAAGUCUAUUUUCUCCAAUUUCUUAGUCACUUCUGUCCUACCAUACAAAUACACAGAUUAUGCCAAGAAGUACCACAUUUUCAUGACAAACACAUUCAUGCACAAUCCAUAAUUUGAGUUUUACAUAAAAUAGGAAUUUGUUAGAAUUUGUUAGAUUUUAUUGCAAUCUAUGCCUACCAAACAUUUCUGGACUUUACGUUUUGGUCUCUGCAGUUUAAGUGCCAUGAAAAUGUGGUUGAAUUAUUCAUUAUGCAGUGUUAUUGGUAAGUCUAUUUUCACUUUUAGUUUAGUGAAUUCUAACACAUAAUUCUUGAAUUCUGUACUAUUGGCAUGUAACGAGUUUAAAUUUUUUUAUAACAUAGUGCAAGCUGCCUAAAUAUGUAUUAUUUGAGAAUUGUGAAACAAAUAGUUAUAUGUAUACAAUUCAGAGAUCAACCUAAUCAACUAUUGCUGCAACAGGAUUUUCUUAAUGGUUAUCUUCUUAAAUACACCUGCUGGUACUUGGUGUGGUUAAAUAGGAAAAUUGUUAUUAAAUAAAGAAUUUGUAUGAGCUUUUGCCCAUGUUUUUGACACAUUUUACUAAAUUAUUGUUGCUGAAUUAUGUUUCUGGUUUUAUCCAUUUUUAUUUUUUAUUUUUUUUGUUUAUCUGUUUGCUUAUUUUUCAAAAACAUUCAUUUAUUGUAAUGUUUACUACCAGACUAGUAAACAAUAAAACAUUGAUUAUUUAGCUUUAUAAUUCAGGUUUAGUGUUAUUGUCAUUGAACACUGGUAUUUUCUGUAUUAUAUAAAACAUUAAAAUUCAAAUAAUUAUAAGCAUUUGGCAAAAACAGAGAAAAGAAAUUUGCCAUAUUUUAAAAGCUGCAGUUUUGGAAAAGCUUUAAUUUAAUGAUAGUUUUAUCACUGUUUUCUUGUCCCAAACUUAUCCAGGGUCAUAGAAGUAUGAAUCUAAUUAAUACAGAAAUGGGAACUGUUGCACAGAACUGGGAAAUAACUAAUCUUAAAUUGGCUUAAUUGGCCUCUUAUUAAAUAUAACAAUUCUUAUGAAAGUCAUAGUACUCUAUUUUCAGACGCAACUGCCAGCUUAUGCAUUUAUCAAUAUCCCGAAAUAGAAAAAGUACUUACAGCUCCAUUCACUAUUAUGUAAAAUAACCAAUAAAAUAUUUUUAUGACUACA